AUGAAGUCCGUGGCCUCACAUUUUCUUACCACGCCCUACGCAGGUGACGAGGCGGUGGAAGCCAGAAGUCGUGGCUGCAAACAGACGGCAGCCAGCGUGCCAUGCAGCACGGCGAUGGGGGCUCGUGCAGACGAUGUUGCACGUCGUGUGUGUUACCCACCGCACUCGGGCUCGGUGUCCGCUCCACGUCCUGCGUUUAUUGGGCCGCUGCUCCGUUCCCCGCGCGUUGGUGAGACGGUGGUGCUGCUGGAUGGAGUGCCCUGUGGCGCUGUCUGCCUCAGUGGGCGUGUGGUGCGCUGUGAGGGGCCUCAGCGCAACGGCAGCGCCUCGGCUCUGCGGCCGUACACCGACUUACUGAUCUCCGACACCACCGGCAUAAUCUCGGUGAUGCAGCUCCACAGGACAAGGACGGAGGCCAGUGCCGGCGCCGCCUUGGAGGAUGACGCGUCCUCUUCAACCGGAGGUGUGGCCGAACUGGUGGGAAACGCAGACUGGGAUACGAUUUGCGAGAACGACUACGUCGUUGUGGUCGGUUGGCUCGCCUUUGCGGACGCCUCGAAGGAGGUUCGGCGUCUUUUGCAAGGCGCCGUGGAUUUUGUCACGGGCGGUGACGGGACAAAGGCCGAUGGAAACUGUUUCUGCGUGCGGGGAGGCGUUCGUCUUAUUACUGACAUGAACGAAAUUCACUUUUGGGCCCUCGCUGCUUUGGAGACCCACGUGCGACUGCUGCGCAGGGCGAAUGACCCGGCGCCGCCGCUGCGUGUUGGGGGCUGCGGCGCAUGA